AGCAAUUUCGCAAGUCGAACAAAUGUUCACGGCCAUCGGCGGUGCGAGCUCGGUGCCGUCGUGUUCCGAUCGGCAGGGGAAUCUGAAUGUUGCUUUUGUGCACCGCACGCCGCAUUCUAUUCGGCAGUUCAACCGACGGGUGAAGACCAAAGGAAUCAUGUUGCAUCCAGUAUUCAUGCUCGGGUAUUUCCUGCAUGCCUUGAAGAGCGAAGACAAAAACGUCGUCUUGAAUUAUCUGAAGCGCGCGGAGCAAGCGGCAAACAGCGGACUUGACGUCGCUCUGGACGUCGAUCACCAACUUGAACCGGCGGACGAGGGCUUCAUUUCGGAAGGCGAGGAAGAACCGACACAGUCGUUUUCGAUAGCCGCGACAGACAUUCUGAAGUUGGAAAACUUGGUGCUUCCUGAGUUUCACCGUGCCGUCCGCGCAUUGGCCAAAGAGGCACUCAAAUUUGUGGUGAAGCAGGAGACGAGUUGUACUACUAGUAGUAGUCGGAAGAAAGUCAAACCUGAUGAGAGCGUUCGUUCAGCAUCAGCAUCGGCGGACAAGCGCAGCGGGGGAAGGGAAGCAAACAGCAGCACUGGUCUAGAUUCUGAUCUUGCAGGAAAAUGUCACAGGCCCCCAGAAAAUUCUCUUUCUGUUUUCGAUGCGAUUCUGAAGCACAUGGACGCUGAGGACGUACAAGGAAGAAAUCCGGCCAGCAAGAUGUACACAUGGAAGAGUAAAGGCGGUUGUUUGCUGCAGGGGAAGAGAACGUCAAGGACUACUAGCGCACCAACUUCAACAUCGUCGUCCGAGCAAGAAUCUCUACGCUCCCGCGUUUUUUUCGCCCUGCACCUUCCCGAGAUAGACAUACCGCAACGGGACGAGCUCGAAGCAGAGUGCGGGCCCGGUACUACGUCACCAAACAUGGGUGUUUGCCGAAAAUGGUUUUGUCGUGGCACAGCUACGACUUCUCAGAGGACGCCGCAUACUAGCGUCGAUAUCGAGCUCGAGCCUGUCUUCGUAUUCGAGGUCGAAAUUUUGAAGAUGAAGAAACAUCCCAGUAAAAACGCAACCUUCAAAGUCGCGCGGCUGCAGCGAAUACGGAUUUUUCCGAACAGAGAAGCCAGUCCUUCUAGGGAGGAUGCAGCAUUGCAAGUCGAUGACAUCACGUUUCCGCGCGACGGCCCAGAGACAGCAUUUCGAUCGGCGCGAGCGGAAGGUGCGGAGGCGACCGCCAAGAACUUAGACACUGAGGCAAAACAUGCACUCGGGGAAACGCAUGACCGGCUGCCCAGCAGUAUGGCAAGUGUGACUUUAAAGAUUCUCGGAGGCACUUCAUUGGAGUGGGACGUGCGGGAUUUUUAGUUUUGGUCACUCACAUAUGAAUAGUGCCGAGCCCAGCUCGACCCCAUCAUCAUAUGAAUAAAACGGGGCUCCUUUCCGUUUCUCUUUCUACAACUACUUUGCUCGACGUUACAUAUAUGGUACUAGAAAUUCAGUAUAUACUUUUUUGCCUGUAUUUCCUUUUGCGUGUCUUGAACUCCCGUCCUCCUGUUGUGGUUGACUGCGACCUUUCCUUUGAAAGAUGGAAUUCUUGACUGUACAAAUCUGCUUUGCUUCGUCUUCGCAUGACGUAUGUUUUACAUCGAAAUAAUUUUUUGUGCCUACACUGGGUAGCUCUAGCUGUAGCAAGCCGACUCCUUGAU